CGCUGACGUUUUACAAAAUGUUUUCUUCUUUUGCGCUUUUACAUUAUUUUUGUACCUCCUAUUACUUCGAAUUACUUUUUUUGUGCUUUUACUUUGAGUCCCUCUCAAAAAAUACAAAACGUUGAUAAUUGCGGUUUCUUGAAAUAUCGUCUGGUAUGUUUCCUCGCCCUUUCCUUGUCAAUCACUUCAAUGCUUUCGCCACAAUAAAACUCUUCUCAGUUUACGAAAAUAUUACAGCCGCUCGCUCCGAAGCCCCCAGGUGACAUAGGCUUCAGUGUAGCAGUUUACUGAAGAGAGACUAUUUGAAGAGGUAAAAACGCGUUUGUUUUACAGAGGACAUCAGAAGUACAGUUUGGAUGCCAAAGAAACAACCUUGGACGCGGGACACGUUUCUGAAAAGGCUUUCUAUCGACGUAAUCGCGGUUCAAGAAUCAAUGUCAAUAGCGCAUCAGCUGAACAAUGAAAGAAUUUUGGAUGUUACUUGGUUUAUUCUUCUACUUUACAUGUACAACUACACAGAAAAGCUUCGCAAUUGGAGUGACACCUUCGCUGAGAAAGAACAGUUUGAGUGCCUCAACUGAUUUUCACGAUAAUUUAGAAACCCUUGAUAUAGGUUCUUCUCCAUUCCUAAAUUUAACACAAUCGGCGUCCUUGUUAGAAACGACGAGACUUUCGCUGAGCAGGACGAUUAUCGCGACAAAUAACAAAGCUAAUGAGGUUUCCACUGAAAUAAAAGAACCGAUUGUGCCUUCUUUAUCAUCAACAAUUUUUGUCCCUCACACAAGAACAAAUGAAAUCGUCAACAAGGUCUUAUCUAGGGACGUGUCACCGGAAAAACGUGCGUCGAACUAUUCCUCGCUAAAUAUGCAAAGUGGCUUUUUUAGAGCAACAGAACAUAGUUCAGCGAUAUCGUCAAAGGCCUCUGUUGGAAAACCGGAAAUUGCUCUAACUACGUCCGAAUUCAGUGGAAUUAUUUUACCCUCGUGGUCGGUAGAUAAGAAAUAUUUGCCGAAUUCUCAAGCAGGAGAUAAGUCUAAUGGGUACAGCUCUCAAGGAGCUUUGGCGAAAUCAGCUUUUUCGAAUGGGCUCAACUCCCAGACGGGUCAACUUUCAAACUCAAAUUCUAUUUUGGGGCGGAUUAGCAUAGAUUACAAUGCAUCUGCGAGCACUAAUGACGGUAGCAGAUUGUUUACUAGAGGAUCAGUGUCGCUGGUAAAGCUGCCUAGAACGCUUCUCCUUAGCUUGCAAACCAUCUGGAAAACCACGGAUUUAAAUCCCAGAACAUUUCAAACAACUCUUUUGUUUUCUGACAAAGCCGACACUUCUGGAUCCGGCGCCACACCAACAUUCGAGACCAAAACAAGCACAUCAAUAACUACAAGAAAAUUUUCUAGCAUUUCUGGAAUGUCACAGGCAACUUUGUUGGCUAAAAUGACUCAAGACGAAGGUAAUAUCGCUUCGGCGGCUUUUCUAACGUCGCGUGCAACAACAACAAACCAAAAAGUUGCGAGUUCUCUUAUACAUUCUGAUAUUCAAAAGGACAAUUCUCUUGUCUCCUCCGUUGUGAUGGCUUCACCGUCUUUGUCAGGCAAAGCCAGAGAGGUGCCUUCUCUGUCUCCUAGUGCCGCGAUGACAGUUUCAAUAACUCCUAUGACACAUCAAGACGUCCCCAGUAGUGUAAACAGCAAGUUGUCUUCAAGACCUGAAAAUGAAUUCCGCACAUUGACCAUCAGUGAAGAAAUGGAGAAUUCCAGCCAAAUGUCUUUCACAACAAUGCAUAGCUCGAGAAUUAGUGCAUCGGAUUCUCCGACUAGAGACAGUGCUUCGAUUUCUCAAGACGAGAGCGCAAUUUCUGUACCGCGAGGUAUGAGAAGUUCUUCACACAUUACUUCUCCUUUCGAAAAGACCACCCGUUUGGCAAUAUCGAGCUUGCAGGCUCAAUCCCUGCAAUUAAAAACAAGUGAGGUAAAAUUGGAAAUGUCUUUCGCAGAUUCAGCGAAGUCGUUCAUCUCAAGAACUUCUUCUAACGUAAGCCCAUCUUUACAAGCGUCUUUGAAAGCCGUAAACAUGACAUCGUCCUUGAAAGCCGAAGAUAUCACAGAAUUUGUAACCCAGUCUAUGGUACAGCCCACAAACUGGAUUCCUUUUUCAGCUUCUCAGGAAUUUUCAGUGUUGAACACUGACAACAAUCGUAAAACAUGCGGGAUUUCUGGGAGUAGCUCAUUACACGAGAAGAGAAGCUCAGCCGUUUCUAACGUCCCCAGCUUCAGCCCUUCCUCUUCGACGCCCCUUGAUAAAAGCAAGUUACAGACAUCCUCUGCAGUUUCAGCCGCCUCGCCAAAGAGUGAAAACACAUCUGGAGUAAUUAUUUCUUUACAAGAAGAAAGUGCUACAUCUAACAGAGCAGCUAGCACACAGUCGCGCAUCGCAUUCUACUCAACCCAGACGAUAUCAUCUGUAUCUACUGUGAGCAAUACUAACGUCUCCACAGAAUCCCCAACGACCAACGCGAGGACCUCGAGUCGUAUUAAGCUGCCUGGCGUUGCGAGUUCUGUUAUGCAGUCCGCGAUUCAAAGAGAGACUUCCCUCCAAUCCUCGGUUGUAAUGGCUUCACCGUCCGUGUCAACCAAGGAUAGAGAGAUAUCUUUGCAGUUUUCUGGUGCCAUGACAACAAUUUCAACGCCCUCUAUAAUUCAGUCACCGUUUGCUGGCAGGACAAACAGCAAGUUCUCAUCAAGAACUGAAAGUGAAUCCCGCCCAUCGAAGAGCAGUCAUAAAGCGAAGACUUCUUUCCUGAUGUCUUUAAUAAUAGAGCCUAGUACAAGUGACACUGCGACAAUUCCUAUAGACGAAGGGACCACAACUUCUGUACCGCAAGGAAUAAGAAGUUCAGCCGUCGUAUCUACUCUUGCUGAAAGGUCUUCUAGUCUGGCAGUAUCAAGCUUGCAAACUGAAUCGCGGAAAAUGACUUUCGCAGAUUCAACGAAGACUCCCUCCUCCAGAACUUCUGUCAAAGUAAGAAUUUCUGUACUGGCAACUGAAGACCUAUCUUCCCUUUCUUUGUCCUCCACGAGAACCGAAGCAAUGACGGAAUUACACACGCAGUCCCCGGUAAAACCAACAAAGUGGAUUCUGUUUUCAGCCUCUGAUAAAUUUUCGUCAUUGAACACUGACAGUUAUCAUAAAACAUGGAGCUCUGGUAGUUCGAGAUUCAGUGGACAUGAAAUUCGCUCCUCCUCCGAAAGUGAGAGCUUGGCCAUGACGAGUAAAUUAGCUGCAACUUCGGCUUCUUAUUCCCAGACCUCGUCACAGAUCCCAUAUGAGGUAAUGUCUGCUGCCACUGCUACUAGCGUCGAAACUAGCGUCAUCCUCACACGUUUAUCCUCGCGCAUGAGCAGUCGUCCUAUGCCUUCAAACAGAAAAUCGGCCGUAUCGGAAGAUCGCAACUUCAGCACAUCCGUGAGUUUCAGUGCGUCAACGCUUCUUGAGAAAAGCAAGUUACAGACUUCCUCAUCUGUUCCAGCCACAUCACCUAAGAGUAAAAUGACAUCUGCAGUAAUUGUUCCUGUACCAAAAAGCAGUGCAACAUCUUACAAAGCAUCUAGUACACAGUUAGGCGUCACAGUCCACCCAACGCAGACCAGAUCAACUUCAGCAACUGUGGCUGGCAACAUUUCCACAGGACCCCCCACAACCGCGGCCAGUGACACUGGUCAUAUUAAUUUACUUAUCGUAGUUGCCAUCAUCCCGAGCAUUAUCCUGUGCGCCUUUUUUGCCGCUGUGCUCUUCUUUCGUCGAAGCCGCAAACGAAGAAACAAGGCUGUCUACUCGAUAAAGCUGGAAUAUGCAGACGAAAACAACGGAUUCCGUAAAAGAUGCGUGAAUAGUCGCCUGGAUUUGAGCUUAAAAGGAAUCCACAUCGACUUGGAAUUUCCAAACGCAUCGAGUGAUCGCGAGCGACGCGCAAGUUACGGACGGGAGAGCCCGAGAUAUUCCCGCGGGUCGACCUUGAGCGAGACACAGAUGCGAGAGUUGCAGAUUCUGUCGCAAGAAUGUAGAGAGAAUAUGGAAUGGAUCAGCGAGGUUAUUGCUAGAGAAAUGGAGGCUUCGAUUUGCGGUCGAAUUCAGCCUGCUAAUCGAGAAAGCGUCUACUCUGUCAAGGAAAAAGAGAAUUAUGAACCGAGUGAAAAAGUGAUCAGAAGGGAAUCUUCCAAGAGGGGAAGGGAAAGCGUCAAGUGGAGGGUACCUGUUGUACAGCGUCGCGAUUCGGACGAUUUUGAUCAACGAGAUUCCAUGUGUACAGAUGACACGACACUGUUCCCUGAGGAAUGGAAAAAGAGUCAUGAAAACUCUGAAAGAUCAACGCGUCACAACGGUGCUGAAACGCGAAGGAAGAGUGAUAAAAAGCCGAAUCCAGUGGCGAAGGAAAACGGAGAUGAAGCCAAAUUAGACAAGGAACUAAGAGUACAACUAUCUAAUAAAAAUCUCGACGAGCUUCAGAGUCAGGAUAAUGAAAAGAAGGAAAAAGAACUUCACGAAAAUAUACCGCUCACUAUUAAUUUGAAUGCUAAGAACGACGAUUCAGCUCACGUCACCCAAGGGAAGCGCCCGUCCCCUCGACCGCAAAGAUCUGAAACAUUAUGA